AUGUCAGAUGUCCUCGUAUCAGUGGCAUUAAUAGUCUCCACGACUAUAACAGUGUUAUUUUUACUAGCCCCGUCCCGAUAUGUUCAUCAAUCGCACCAUCGUGCGUCUCGAAAAGCCUCCAGCAAUACUCCAGAGAUUUCAGUUCAAGUUCUCGUACUGGGUGACAUUGGGCGUAGUCCGCGUAUGCAGUAUCACGCCAUGAGUAUUGCCAAACAUGGCGGCCAGGUGGAGAUAAUAGGAUACCUAGACUCGACAGUCCACCCCGAACUUGUCGCCAGUCCGCGCGUCACGAUAAUACCUAUACCCCAACCACCCCGUGCCUUAGGCUUUUCCUGGAUACCGUUUGUAAUCGCUGGUCCCCUCAAAGUGCUGUGGCAACUUUUUGUUCUCAGCUACGCUCUGAGCUAUCGUACUAAGCCCACCCGGUGGCUUCUCGUCCAAAAUCCUCCUGCUAUACCUACUCUGCUAAUCGCUCUUUUUAUUUGUUUUGUUAGAAACACUCACCUGAUAAUUGACUGGCACAAUUAUGGCUGGUCAAUCCUUGCAGGGACAAAAGGACCAAAACAUCCCUUUGUUCAAAUGCACAAGUAUUACGAAUCUACUCUAGGUAAUUGGGCGCCAACGGCCAACUUCACCGUUUCAGACGCUAUGCGGCGUCAGCUCAAGAGUCCACCAUACAACAUAUGUACCCCCAUACUUACUCUGCAUGACCGCCCCCCCGAUAUAUUUCAGCCGAUAGAAUGCAUCGAGGCGCGAAAAGCCUUUCUUAAACAUCUACCAGAGACUGCUACCCAUGCCCAAGAUAUCAUUUCCGGUGAUACCAAACUUCUCGUAAGUAGUACGAGCUGGACACCAGAUGAAGAUCUCAACCUCUUAUUGGAAGCCCUGUGCAGCUAUGCCGCAAGCCAAAGACAGCUCCCAUCUGUUCUUGUAGUUAUUACUGGAAAGGGCCCACAGAAACAGGAUUACAUUGACCGCAUAAAAAUUUUAACAUCAACAGGAAAACUUCAAAAUAUAACCAUUCGUACAGCCUGGUUCAGUAUAGAGUCUUAUGCAUCCCUACUAUCAGUCGCUGAUCUCGGAGUGUGUCUACACAUGAGCAGCAGUGGAGUAGAUUUACCGAUGAAAGUGGUUGAUAUGUUUGGCGCUGGGCUUCCUGUAGUCGGGUACGAUGCAUAUGAGAGCUGGCAAGAGCUAGUUAGAGAAGGAGAAAAUGGAAGAGGCUUCCAUACUUCUGAGGCUUUAAGUAGCAUACUGCAAGAAUUAUUUUCAGAAAAAGAUGGAUCACAGCUCGCAGCUUUAAGACGCGGGGCCUUGGAGGAAGGCAAGAAAAGGUGGGAUGAUACAUGGAAUGAGGUCGCUGGGAGGGUCUUGGGCUUAUGCGACUAA